UCUGUCACUGUCAUGUCAUCUCAUUCAAUGUUUUUGUGUAGGACGAUGGAAAUGGAUUGAAUUUGUAUUUGGUUAAUAUUUCACAAAAAUGGGCAAUGCUGACACAAAAUUAAACUUCAGAAAAGCUGUUGUACAGCUGACUUCGAAGUCACAGCCUAUUGAUGCAGCUGAUGAUACAUUCUGGGAUCAGUUUUGGUCUGAAAGCGUUACCAAUAUCCAGGAUGUAUUUGCUCUUGUGCCUGGGGCUGAAAUCAGAGCGUUGCGUGAAGAAUCUCCAAACAAUUUAGCUACGUUAGUUUACAAAGCAGUUGAAAAGUUAGUAAAGACAGUAGACAGCAGCUGUCGAACACAAAGAGAACAGCAAACAGCUCUGAAUUGUGCUCGUUUGUUGACUCGAGUGCUGCCAUAUAUGUUGGAGGAGCCAGAGUGGCAUGGCUUCUUCUGGUCUUCAUUACCAGCAGCAGCAGAGAAUGAACAGUCCAUUCCACUUGCACAGUCACUUAUAAAUGCAAUUUGUGAUCUUCUGUUUUGCCCAGACUUCACUGUAGUCACCACCAAACGUUCAGGACCUGAGCGUGCGGAAGAGCUCUCCUCGCUGGACAGCUGCGAGUACAUCUGGGCGGGCGGCGUGGGGUUCGCGCGGUCCCCGGCGCGGUCCGCCCACCACGAGGCGGCGCGCACGGAGCUGCUGCGGCUCCUGCUCACCUGCUUCAGCGAGACUGUGUACAAGCCCGCCCAUGACGCCGCCACGCAUCAUAACAAGUGGAUCGCUUACCUGACGAGUUCCGAGAACCGGCACGCGUUGCCGUUGUUCACUUCACUGCUGAACACUGUGUGCUCGUACGACCCAGUGGGGCUCGGACUGCCUUACAAUCAUCUGCUGUUCAACGACACACUCGAGCCGCUUGUUGAGGUGGCGCUGCAAAUCCUCAUUGUGACAUUGGACCAUGACACAAGCAACACACUCAAUGAAGACACUGACGAGAGUUUGCCCGACAACCUGUUCAUCAACUACCUGUCCCGAAUCCACCGCGACGAAGACUUCCAGUUCUUACUGCGCGGCGUCACUCGUUUACUCAACAAUCCCCUGGCGCAAACAUAUUUGCCCAACUCCAGCAAGAAGGUGGCGUUACACCAGGAGUUGUUGGUUCUCUUCUGGAAGAUGUGCGACUAUAAUAAGAAAUUCAUGUACUACGUGCUGAAGAGCAGCGACGUGCUGGAGGUGCUGGUGCCCAUACUGUUCCACCUCAACGACUCGCGCGCCGACCAGUCUCGUGUCGGCCUAAUGCACAUCGGCGUGUUCAUACUCCUACUGCUAUCUGGGGAACGGAACUUCGGAGUGCGGCUCAAUAAACCUUACACAGCAACAGUUCCUAUGGACAUCCCGGUGUUUACUGGAACCCACGCUGAUUUACUAGUUGUGGUGUUCCACAAACUCAUCACCACUGGCCAUCAGCGUCUGCAGCCGCUGUUUGAUUGUCUACUUACUAUACUCGUCAAUGUGUCCCCGUAUCUGAAGACCUUAUCCAUGGUGGCUGCCACAAAGCUGCUGCACCUACUAGAAGCGUUCAGCACGCCCUGGUUCCUGUUUUCCCGCCCUCAUCAUCAUCACCUGGUGUUCUUCCUGCUGGAGAUGUUCAACAACAUGAUCCAGUAUCAGUUUGACGGCAACUCGAACCUGGUUUACACUAUAAUCCGCAAGCGAGCCGUGUUCCACAACCUGGCCAACCUGCCUCAAGAGCACGCCGCCAUCGCGCGAUCCCUGGCCCGCGCCCGCCCAUACUCCGCCCUGCCUAGAUCGCGUAGCGCGGAGUCUGUAGCCGAGGCAGCCAUGGAAGGGUCGCGGCCCGCUCAGCCCGCGGAACCGGGAACUUUAAAUCCUACUCUAGCCGCCACGCCGGCCAUAGCGGCGAUGACGGAGAGGGAAUCAGCUCACCCAAACCCCGCCCAACUGGAGAGCAAUGACCAUCUCUUACCACAACGUAGCGGAGGCGACGGGGAAGACCUUUCCACCAAUCCCGAUACAGACGUGAAACAGACUGAAGUCACGCGAGAUAGGAAGACAAGCGAGGGGAGCGUCCGCUCGACCUCUACAGGCGGCGAGACUCGUUCGAACAAGGCUGAAGCGGACGCGGGAACGGAAGCGGAAGCGGGAGCGGACGCGGGCGCGGGCGGGUGGAGGGCCACGGGCGAGUGGGUGGCGUCGUGGCGCACCAAGCUGCCGCUGCAGACUAUCAUGAGGCUGCUGCAGGUGCUGGUGCCGCAGGUGGAGAAGAUAUGCAUCGACAAGGGCCUGACGGACGAGUCUGAGAUCCUGCGGUUCCUACAGCACGGCACUCUAGUGGGUCUGCUGCCCGUGCCCCAUCCCAUACUGAUCCGCAAAUACCAGGCAAAUCACGGCACCGCCGCCUGGUUCCGCGUCUACAUGUGGGGCGUCAUCUACAUACGAAACGUGGAUCCACCAAUAUGGUAUGACACAGACGUGAAACUGUUCGAGAUCCAGCGAGUCUGAUAAGAUACAUUCCCUGCCUUAUCUCAAGAAGCAACUGCCCAGUAGGAGACACCUUUUACAUCAACAUUACAAACCGUCUUGUUUUAUGUUUAGUAGCUGUUAAAGUUGAAAACAUAUCACCUUUAAGAAAACGGAUCAUCACAGUUCACGAGUUUGUACCGAGGCCCAAUCACGAAUUUUGACAGCUCCGUAAAUCGCAUCGUCAAAUUUACCAUGAAAACUAAGCAAUGCCUCUACAGGACGUAAGAGCAAACUGACUUCUUUCGUACCAUUCAUUUUGAGGCGAGCCGAUGCAGUCACGAUGUGGUGCGUUGUAUAGACAGCGAUUCAAACCUAAUGAUUGCUCUGAAGUUAGCGCGUAUCGCGCCGCAGUAAACGAAAUUUAGAUGCGCGUGAGUUUCACAAAACUGAAACCUGCGCUUAACUGCGUUCGCUGCUAAUUUCACAGCCGUUUAUGGCGGAUCAUUUUUCGCUCUGUAAUAGGAAAUGUCAUACAAAAACCACUGAGAGGCUAAAGAUCCGUUUAAAUUUUUAAUGUUCCAAAUACAAGAUCUUACAUUGCAGAUCACAUUUUGUAGUUUAUUUAUACAAACUACAUUUGCCCCGAUAGGCCUAAAUUUGCUCGAGUUUUAUCUAAAUUAUUAGAGAAGGCCCGUUAAAUUAUAUAACUCGUGUCAUUUUAUAUUAAAAAUCGCAAAUGACGACUACAGACAUUCUGUCCCUCUCCCACAUGCUAUACUAAGUAACGUGCGAGAGGGACAGAAUGUCUUGUGAUGUCAUUUUCGAUUCCUUUAUUUAUUGAUACGAGUUCUAUUGAUUUAACGCAAGCAAAUAUCGCCUUAUAGGCUGACUACGAACUUCUUUGUUUUCAUAUUUUUUUCUGUUGCUUAGAAGUUUUAUUCACAUUAAUUUUGUUGUCAUUUCAUAUUAUACAGGGUGUUACAAAAAUACAAAUAAAGCUUGAAGGGCGUUGAACUACAUCAUAUAUGGAGUCUUCUCUAAUUUUCUUAAAAUAUUUGCAUGAAGUUUUAACUUUUUAUAAAAACAGUUAUGUUUAAUGAUUCUCGAACAAGUGACGUGGCUUAAAAUGACCGAUAUUUUUAUUAAUCAUUAAAAAUAACUGUUUUUAUAAAAAGAGAAAACUUCAUGCAAAUAUUUUAAGAAAAUUAGAGAAGACUCCUUAUAUAAUGUACUUCAACGCGCUUCAAGCUUUAUAUGUAUUUUUGUAACACCUGUAUAAAUGUAUAUUGGCUAUGUGAUAGAAAGAUACACUCCUGCAAGUACGUAGAAUGAACCUGAAGGUUGGACUCAGGUAUAUGCCACCUUACCAGAGCUUAUAAUAUGUGGUCCAGCAAAUAUUUUUGAAAUUUUUGCAAAUUUAUCAUUGGUCCCAUUCCAUUUUCUCUGAGCGGUGUGGUUAUUUCUAAGGGAGGCGCCGCUGUUAAAUGUAUUGAUUUAAAACGACGUCACUGUAUCUGACUUUUCAAACCGAAUUACCGAAGUUUACUCAAUAACGAGGCAUGCAUUCAUUGCACAUUAUUUCUACAAAAUCAUUUUUUCUUCCAACUGCUAAAAAAGAUUUUCAUCAUAAUAUUUUGUUAUCAUUUCUAUAUUUUUAAUUAAUUUUACCAAAGCCACAUGCAAUUCUCGCAUUUAUUCAAGUAAGUUUAUUUUUAAUAAUUAGUAUCUAUGCAUCGAACAAAUAAAUGCAUUUGAUCAUAAAGGUAGAAAUAUACCUAUGUGUCGCGUUGUGUUGUUACGCAUUAGAGAGCUAUCGGUUUCAUACAUUUAGUACGGUUUAUUUUUAUUAAUUUAAUUCUAGACCAAAAUCCACAGCAUUUUCUUAAUAUAAAUACAGGUUUUACAUCAAAGUUUAUCUCAAUGCCAAUUACGAAUUUUCAUAUUUUAAUUAUAACAUAAAAGUUAAGUAAACCAUCUACCAAACAAGGGCGAGAUGUGUGCAAUGCGCGCGCGCCAUUGUACGUGUGUGUGUGAUUGUAUGUAUAUAUGUAUGCAUGUGUGUGUAUUUAAUUUUUGUUUGUAUAUUACCAAUCAACCAACAGCCCUAACAGUUGUUUUUUAAAGAUUACUUUUGCAAGCAUAUAUAUCAACAGCCGUGUCUUUUUUGUUGUAAGUACUUUGCGAUCGAAAAACAAAUUAAUUUUGUGCAUAGUUGGUGUGACAUGAAGGAAUUGCGAAAAAGAAAGAAGAUGUAUGUCUCUUACGGGGUGUGUAGUGAGUGUUAGAAAUGAAGAAGCAAACUCAGUGCAGUCUACAGUCCCAUUGCAAGAACGCCGCGAAUUGCGGUUAGAACUAUAAUAGGGUAUUUGACAAGUUUUAGAAAAUGAUCUCACGUUAUUGACUAAUAUUUAUGGAGUCCGUAAAAAGAAUAUUCAUCAUUCUGUUGUGUAUUUCAGUAAAACUAACCAAAUCAAAAACUCCAUUUUCGAGUUGCCGCGAAAACGUUUCUCUGGUCGUCUCACUAGUAUGUGACGUCACACGACUGUUAUUAAAACGUCAAACGAUACAAUGUAAUGUCACUUUAACCGGAAGUUUACUUGCGAGUGACGUUAUUUUGGGCUCCGCCAAUCCCAAACAUUUUGGGUCACGUGACAAUAGAUAAGAAAACUAUUAUCUUUUUCGUGGAUUUUUGGUAAAAUUAUAUGAUUAUUUUUUCUGUAAAAAUAGUGAAACACCCUGCCAAUAUUCAUUCUAAACACAGAUGCUAACAAUUGGCACUUUAUUUUUAAUACUGUCAAAUACCCUAUUGUGUGUCGCGAUUUAUCGACAGCGUCCUCACCUCUAACCGUACUAAAUGUAUGAAACCGUCAGCUCUCUGACGCGUCAUAACACAACACGACAGACAAACGUAGUUCUGCCAUAAACACGACCUUUUAUCUGUUUCCCAGAACCAUAAAGACUAGAUCUUUUAUUCAAAUACCUACAUACAAAAUCAAUGAUAUCGUUAGAUAUCAAAUACCAGAACCAAGGUACCAACUUUUGUCGAUCAUUGUAACAUCCCUUCAAAUAAAUCAUAAAAAAUGUUUUAAUUUUCUAUUUUUUUUAAACAUAAUUUUUUCGAGUUUUCAAUAUUUCCUACAAAAAAAUACAAAUAUUAUAUAGUAAAAAAGAUUAAUCUUCUAUCAAUUAUAACAAGUUUCAAGUACAUUAUUAACAUAGCGCAGAAUACGUUUAAAAUGAUAGAGAUAAAUAUUUAUAUUAAUUUUAAUUGCAGAUAAUAAGGUUGCUCUCUUAUUUAUUUUGCUCAAUAAAAUUUCGCGUUUGAGUUGGCAGCUCUUAUGUUGUCUGUAUUCAUACUUGAUGCAGUUUAUAAAUAAUUUAUUUAAUAUUAUUUGCAGGAGAAAAGUUGGUCAAAUUAAAAGAAAUCAUUAAAUUAAUAUUAUUUAAUAGAAAAUAGUUAAUUAGUCAGAUGAAAAAGUUUUAUGUAAAAAUACUUAUUAAUUUAAAUUGCACCUCUGAAUUUCUGUAUCAUGUUAACGUGGAAUGUUCAUCUAUACAUUUAUUUUUAUAGAUGCAUCGAUAGGUGGUUACCUAUCUGUGCCACCACUAAUUUCAAAUUUUCAUGUAAAAUCGUUCAUACGUAAUAAUAAUUUUAAUAGAGCCACUAUUUAUUUAAUUUUAAGAAUAUUUUAUGAAAAUAGUAGUUUAUCUUAUGAAGGGUUCAUACUUAAUGCAAAUAACAUACUGAUAGUUAUAAUAUUGAGUAAAUUCUUAUGCCUUAUUAUGAAUGUAGCAAGUGCUAAUUUAUGUAUUAUAUGGCUGUAUUUUAAACUGACAACUAGUCAUAAAUGUAACUUACCAUAAUUCUAUAUCGCGGAGUGAAUGUGUUGUUAGCUACAUUUUUAUUUAAUAUUGUUAAUAUAUUUUAUGGCCAACCUCAAUAACUUAUUCGUAACGAUUGUUUCUAGUAUCUUUUUAAUUUAAACUGGGUCACAGUUGUGAUUAAUAGUUUCUCAACUGAUAAUAAAUUUGGCUUAAUAUGUGUAAUCUUGAUGUCUCUAGGCUCAACGAGUAAUUAUUGUUUUGAGUGUUCAUCCGUUGGUGAUUACCUGCUCAUGAGCACGCUAGAACAUGCCAUCCUAUUUCAACAUUGAAAAUAAUUGAAUGUGUCGUGUGUAUAUUAAGAGACAUAUAUUCCAAAAUCAAGAGAAAUAUAUUCCAAAAUCUUGGAUCCUUAUAUGUAUUCCGAUGCAAGAGUUGUUAUUGUAUUUAAUUUUAAAGCUGUUUUAUUUUUCAUUACAAAAUGUGUAUUUUAUCUACCCUCAAAAACAUGUUGAUUUGUAAAAAAAAUAACUUAAUGAAUUAAAUGAUAACAUGUUGGCGAAUCACACUAAUUACUUAAUAUCGAAGUGAUAAAUAUAGAGUUAUCUGUACUAUAAUAACUCGUAAACUAAAUAACUAUGUACCUAUUUAUAUUGUGAUUACCAUAUUGAUGUAAUGUAUAAUGAUGAAUUUUUAUAGUGCACUGUAUAAAACAACCUUUUUUUUAUUGUAUUAUCAGUGGUUCACUAACUAUGCGACAUAUUAUGUACCGCAUUCUAUUUAUUUAUUAUGUAAUGGACAUUCGACAUUUUACCUUAGUAAUGGGGUUAUAAUAAAAUAAACUUCUUUAAUUCCUUAGAUUAAAACAAAUAGGGAAGAUACAGCACUCGCGGCUCAAAAGUGAUCCGCUUAAAUUGUGGUGCAUGACGACAAUUCGCUUUAGUCACAAUUGGACAUUCAAACAUGCUGCAUGUGCACUCAAUAUAAUAGUAUUGCGUAUAUUCUGUGUUAUAAAGAUAAAACAAUGCCUUCGAUGCUUUUAUAAAGAACACAAAUAGUUCAAAAUCAAAUGCCUCGGCAACACUUUUCAUUCUUAAAACUGUUAAAACAUUCGUUUUC